CAUUCCUCGCCAUAGCUAGUUAUCAAAUCAUCUUUAAACAUAAAACCUAAAUAUAUAACCAAAAUUAUCCUAACAGAUACAAUGAAAGGAAGAGAAUUGUUAGAUAACGAAAAAGAAAAGUCGAUGAAACUCUUUGACUUACCUCUUCUCUCCCCAUUGCUACUCGUUGGUCAUGAUCAACCAUUAUCGUUUGAAGUGACCACAACCCCAGAAGGAAGAAACCUAAUCCCUCGAGUCAUUAAUACAGACAUCAUGGUUUUUAUGGCUAAUCUUGAUUUACAACCAAUUCUAAGAUCUUCAUCUUCCUCACCGCGACCAGUGCAAUCUCAACAAAGCAAUGAGCUCCACAUAGCAGCAAGAUGUGGAAAUACUAACGAAGCACGGGAAGUUGUUCGCAGAAACAAGGAGUUAUUAAGGUGCAUGGAUUCUCAGGGAAACUUACCCUUGCAUCUCGCAGUGGCCAAUGGCCGUAAGGAUGUGGCAUCGUUUUUGUUUAAGCAAUACCCACAAGGCAUGUAUGCCUUGAAUGGCUUGAACAUAUCUCCUCUAUAUCUGGCUGUUCAUCGCAAGGAUAUGGACUUCGUCAACAAAAUGUUAAAACACCUUAGAAAUGAUGAUAAUGGUCUUGCCAAUUUAAGGAAUGGUAGAUCAAUCGUACGUGUUGCCAUUACGGACAAGAACUAUGAAAUGCUGAAAACCAUACUAGGUGAAUGUCAAGGUGAUCUAUUGCUCAAGUAUACCGAUAGUGAAGAUGGAUUAACUCCACUUUCUUAUGCUGCAUUCAAGGGUUAUGUUGACAUAGUUAGCUACCUUCUCAAAGACUUUCCAAAAUCUAUUAGUUACCUCAACAAAGAUAAGUCCAGCCCCUUUCACAAGGCAAGCUUAGGGGGGCAUGUUGAGGUCUUAAAGGCGCUCUAUUCUAUUCCGGAAGGUCGUAAAUAUUUAUUGGUUGUGGAUUCUCGUUAUCAAACGGUAUUGCACCUUGCUGCUAAAGAAGGCUACGACAUUGCUGUCAAGUUUUUGCUGAAUAAUUGCUUGGAUCUAAACAAGGGUAGAGAGCUACUCAACAAGAAAGAUAUUCAUAACCAGACACCCUUAAGUUUAGCAACAACUAAAAAAGUGCAAGAUUUUAUUAAGAGUUGUGGAUUCUCGUUAUCAAACGGUAUUGCACCUUGCUGCUAAAGAAGGCUACGACAUUGCUGUCAAGUUUUUGCUGAAUAAUUGCUUGGAUCUAAACAAGGGUAGAGAGCUACUCAACAAGAAAGAUAUUCAUAACCAGACACCCUUAAGUUUAGCAACAACUAAAAAAGUGCAAGAUUUUAUUAAGAGUUACAUGCUUCACUAGAAAUACAAUGGUGCUGCAAAUAGAUCUAAUACAAUCAUCAUAUUUCCAUACCUGUACUAGUUGGUACUCCGACUGUUUAGCUAGCCUCAGCUAGGUGUUGGUACUAUUUUUUUAUUCCCCACCUAUACUCAUUGUUGGUUUCUAUAUACUUCGUACUACCUCUCGUUUCAUAAAGUUUUUUACGCUUUGAAAAAUGUGUCCAAAAAUCAAAACUUUGAUCAUAAAUUCUCACUGUUAUAUCUAUCAAAAAUUAUCAUGAGAUACCUUGUUACAUUCGUCUCAAAAUGUAUUUUAUUAAUAUCAAAUUUUAUAAUUUUUUGUCAUACAAAA